AUGUUAUUCACUCAAAGUAUCCUCUUCACGCUCGCCUUCUGGCAAGCAGCUCCGGCCCUUGCCGCAUCUCUGCUCUCACCACAGCAGGGACUCGAGUAUAAGACCGAUCUCAACAUAACCGAGAGCAGUCUCGCAACACGAGACCUCGAGAAACGGCGGGAGUACCCCAUCAAAAUGUGCCCUAUCCGGUGGAUCGGCGAAUAUCCAUACUGCACUUACAGCAACGGCGAGGCAGCCAUAGACGCAUGGCUCCACCCAAUGGCAGCCAAGAUCAAGGAACUGUCGGACGGCAACGUAUGCACGAAAGAAUGCGGCGAGACUGAGGACUUCAAGUGGUGUUUCACGUCCCAUACCGAGGGCUAUUUGUGCGAUACCGAUGCCUCGCUCGAGACCAUUCAAGGCGCCAUCAGAAAGACCAUGAGGGACAGGGCGUAUUGGAUCUGUGAGCAGGAGUGCUUCCGGCUGUCUCACGGUGGUACCUGGCGUGGAUCGCUCCUUAUCGGGCGCAAGGCCACCUGGGAUGAUGAGUACUACUGCGGGCCUGCGACUUGGGAUGAAAAGUUUGCCAAGGGAGAUAAAUGUAUCUCGGGGGGUAAGAAGGAUCUUUAG